AGAAGUUUCUGUGCACACCUCCUCCUCCUCCUCCUCCUCCUCCUCCUCCUCCGGUCUUCCCCCCCGGAGCCACGCCCCGUCCGGCGGCACACCUGGAGUCUGGACCGGAGCAGCGGCCGCGGCGGCGAAACGAAGCUGGUACUGCACACAGCAUGGGCGAGGCACCAGUCAGUGAAGACAGCAAAGUGACAAGAACUGCAGAGUAUGUGGGCUCAUUUCCUGUGGAUGACUGCUGUCUGGAUGACCAGAUCAAACAACUGCACACACAGCUGAAGUCUCUCAAAGCAUGCAAGAGAAGGAGGCCCGUGUCCCUGAAAUUCUCCAUUAAAGGUGUGAAAGUCUACGAUGAAGAUGAAACGACCCUCCUCAUGGCUCACGCCCUGCGGAGAGUGUCUCUGUCCACCGCCCGGCCCGUCGAUGCCCAGUUUGCCUUCGUCUCCCACAACCCAGGCAGCGUGGAUGCGCAGCUCUAUUGCCACGUUUUUAAAGCAAGGCAUGCCAGAGCGGCCCAGUUCCUGAACCUGCUGCUGUGCCGCUGUUUCCAGCUGUCGUACCUGGAGAAGCACCCAGAAGAGGCGCAGGACGGCUCGGCGGGCUCCCUGCCCAAACGCAACCCGUCCCUGCUCAACCACGGCUUCCCGCUGAGCGUCAGCGCCCUGGUGUCCUUCAGGAGAGCCCCUUUUCGAGGCCUGCUGCCCGGCACCAAGAAAAGUCAGAAGUCUUCAGACGACGCUCACAGCAGCCAGGACGAGGUCUUCGCCUCCUCCCCCUCCCUGGUCCGCAAGAAAGCCAUCCGCACCAAAGCGCUGCGUUCGGGCGCUUACCGCUCCUUCACGUUCACGCCGCUCAAACAGCGCUGCGUUCAGGAGCGACUGAACGCCUCACAAGAAAAGGACAAAGAGAAGGCCCCAGUAAGGAGAUCACGGACUCCAAGCCUGGCCGAAACAGAAGAAGCUCUGGCUCAAGCUGUGUGGUGUUGGGCCGGCAUCGCUACUGACAGCAGCUACUCGCUGCUGGCGGACGACGUCCUCGGGUCGUAUCUUCUGUGUCCGCAUCCCAAAAAAGCGAAAUGCGGCUCCCUCAUCAUUCGCUUCCCCUCCGGUCUGAUCACCUACCUGAUAGAAAACACCCGCAAAGGGAAAUUCCUGCUGGAGAAAUGUAAGACUGAGUUCAAUUCGCUAGCCGAGCUGAUUGAAUACUACACCGAGAGCCAGGACAGCCUGCCGUGCGUGCUGAGCUGCGCCCGGGUCAACCACUGCUACGAGUGGGAGGAGAACGGCCAUCAGCAGCUGGCGAAACCGAGCAAGAGCUCCAGCAAAGCCAAACGACAAAGCACCCACUCAAAGUACCCGCUGGUGUGAUCCCCAGGACACAGAGACGUCGGAAGGCACGACGUCAGAGGUCGUUGGAACAAAAAAAGACUCUUUCUUAUUUUCUUGUACAUAUUUAACACAUUGACUUGUGAAGCCAGCGAUGGUGUGGAGGAGGGUCACACACUAUAAAGCAGUGACCUAUAAACAGUGUUGACACUUAUUAACAGUUCGCAAGACAUUUCAAUAGUGAUACUUAUAAUAUGCUGCUUUUAUGCGUUUUUUAUUUUAUUUUAUUUUUUACAAACAUAUUUUAGACAGGCCUGUGAGGCAUAGAGAUUGCUUUUAUACUUGAACUCUGCUCAGUGGGACUGACCACUCAGACUGUUGACUUUGUUAUAUUUUUUUCUUAGUUUGUAAAGAUGGAACAUGAACGAACGAUCAAAUUUAACCGUUUCCUUGUCACAUGAUAGCGCCUGCACAUUUCUGUGUUUUAGACAUGCCACUGAGGAUUAUUUGGUUUUUAUUUUCUGUUUUUUUCCCCCUCAUCCUCCCAAUUGUGGCCGAUUGAAAAACACUGACUAUGUUCAUAUUUUCAGUUUCAGUGUUUGCUAUUACUCAGUAUAGUGGACAUGAUUGUCCUUGGUUUUAUUCUGGUGUAAAACACAUGUACAGAGCAGUUUCGUUUUAAAACAGGUGGAAAAUUUUCCUAUAUAACAAGCCCAAUUGCCAUGUAGUGUACUUUGUUGGUUUCUUGUGAGGAAUAAAUUUUCAAGGAAACCCUCAACUUAUACUCUAACACAUUUUUCAAACGAUGCACAUCUGUGUUUGAAAUAAACUACCGACUCUUUGUUUUCAAGGCAAAAUAAUCUUUUCCU